AUGGUAUCGUUUCGGUUCGAGUGCCGGCUGUCUUCUGACGCUGGCCUCGCGUGUGAUAUCAUCGUGAAUGUGGGAAUGGAGUUUUAUUUACGAUAUAUAACUAAUAUGAAAAGGAAUUUUGAGUUCACGCCCAAUCCCACGCGACGACAUCGGCGACGUACCGCUACGAACUCACCUUCCGAACCUCUCCAAUGGUCGUUCACUUAUAAGUCGAGGAGGCAAAGAGAAAUAUUUCACAUGGCACACGUGCGCUGGCGAUGCGGAUUAUUUUGCGCGCGUUCGCACAAGCGGGCGUGGUUCGCGCCGAGCGGACCGAUCGCGACUGCCGCUCGCUCGUAUUUACGGCGUGUUUACGCCGGACGCGCAUGCGCCGUCUACCCUCGCACGCGAACGCUACCGAUACGGCCGACGAUUGUUUAA